CUCUGAAUUUGGGACUAAUGGCUACGUGCCCGGAAGCUCUAGCCCUGAAACUGGAAUGUGAGAAGAAAAUAAAGAAUGACUCAAGGAAUGUUAAGUCUUCACAGUCAUCUUUUAUGCGCAAAUCACAUGAAAGUGGUUUCUUGAGUCAUAAAUUUUUUUUUUUCCUUUCAUUAACAAAUAGGAACAACUUGCCAUCCCUAACCUACUUCCUCCCUCCUAUUUUUGUCCUGUUCUUCUAUCCAUUCAAGCCACAGGACCUUGUUGGCCAAGAACCACUGCAGAUAAUAUACAUUUCUACCUUUGCUUUUCUUAAACUGACUUAAAAUGAGCAGUGAUAACAGCUACCCCAUGGCUAUUUUUUCUUCCAGAACUUUCAACCUUUAGUAUAAAUUAUAAUGAUACUCUCCAUGAUAGUUUGUGAGUGCACGCAUGUGUGUUGCUGAGGUGAGCACUGCUUUUUUUGAUGUCCCCAAUUAUCCACAAAAAAACCUAAAUUUUUCCAAUUAUAUUUAUAUACCACAAAGAGAACAGAAAUACAAAAAUGAUCACACAUAUAGGACAGAACAGCAGAAGUGAAACCUAAAAUUUGAAAAAUAGGUAAAGGCUGUAAUAAUCAUUAGCGCACAUACGUUAAUAAUAAUACCACUCAAAGUUAUAUGCACAGUUGCACGUAUUAUUCACCACCUUAAUUGUAGUGGUCUUGUCUUUAAGAAACUCCACUGUUGCCCAAAAUUGACUAAAAAUGAGGUCACCUAACCUUUUUAGUUUUUUCCAACCUAUAAAAUCCCCCCCUCUCCCUCAAGUUUCCAUUCGCCUUUCCAACACCAAUACCAAUACAGACAUUUUACAGUUAGCUCCCAAAACCAAAGCAUUGUCCCUGAGUUGCAUUUCUGAAUCAGUACAAAAAAAAUGAUGCAACCAGGUGAAGCAACAGACUUGUACUACCUGCUGUCCUCUAGUCAAAAUCAGUAUCCAUCCCAUUUUAGCCUACCCAACAACAAUAUGCCUGGAUUUCCAUUUACCAGAACUCCAACAAAUCCUCUGUAUCAGUUCCAACUUACUCCCAACCAGAUUCAAGAUUUCAACCCUCAGAUAUCGUCUUUCAGUAGUAACUCAACUUCAGAUGAAGCUGAUGAUCAACAACUGAGCAUCAUAAACGAGAGAAAGCAGAGAAGAAUGAUAUCUAACCGAGAAUCUGCUAGGCGAUCGCGUAUGCGCAAGCAAAAGCACCUUGAUGAGCUUUGGUCCCAGGUGCUCUGGCUCAGAAAUGAGAAUCAUCAGCUCAUUGAUAAACUCAACGACGCUUCAGAGCGCCAUGAUCGCGUGCUUCAAGAGAAUACUCAGCUAAAAGAAGAAGCUUCGGAACUUCGCCAGAUGCUCACCAACAUGCAGCUCAACAGUCCAUAUCAUAACUUGAGAGACCUUGACGAUGAUCCCUGCAAAGACUUGUCUGAAUGACAAAUAAAAAAAAAUAAAUCCCUAUCCUUAUCCCAUCUCUCCAUGCCAGGCCAAGAUUUUGAUUCCUUUCAUUUCUUUCUUUCUAUAUUCCGCUGCAGUUAGUUAUUAUUAUUUAAUAAAAUAACCAUUUUCAUUGUAAGGAGAAACAGGUCAGAGAAAUGGUCUGGAAAUCAGCUUUCAGAUGUAAAAUUCGCCAUUAUUCUUUGGCCUGUGUUAUCUUUGUAUCAAAAACUAAUUUAGUAGCUUCUAAUAAUGAACUAGUGCUGUAUUCUAUGAAGCUUGUGUCUCCUCUUCAAAUGCAUGAGAUCCAUAUAUAUAUACACAGAUUUAAUGGGAGCCCAGAAGAAAAAAGGUUACUAUGAACUAGCUGGAUAUCUCAUAUCAGCUGUCUAAGUCCAACUGUUGACAAGUUCUGCUGAUGCCUCCUUCUUUGAUGAGUCUAUUCAAUUACUGUGGCAAUAUGCGUACGUCACGGAACAAUCACUGCGACGGAUCCGGAAAAAAUGAACAGGAGACUCACUAUACAUUACCAAUGAUGAUCAAACUAUUCAGCUUGUCAAAUUGAGAACACCAGAGAUAAAAACAAAACAGUUGCAGCUUUACUUUAGGUAUUGUGUUUCAGAUAAUUUUACAUAAAAUGACGUCGGAAGCAACCAUAAGCAUGAAUAGUUUAUUCUUAUCGACAAAUAAUAUUUGUGAGGGGACAUUGUGAGUUACAUCUCUGAAUUUACAAUUCUCAACUAGUGAAAGGCAACCCACCCCACUAAAUCCCUGCAGAGAGAGAAAUUUCAGAUAAGUUAUGCAGAUUAGCAGUACAUGGUCACUGAACCAAACUGCUCUGAUCAAAU